AUGGAAAAAAAGUUAAUUUUAUUUGCUGUAUUCAUUCAUUGCUGCUAUUCAUCAGUUUAUGGAGAAUAUGAAACAGAUGCUGUAGUGAUAAGUAGGGGUUAUCCUACAACUCGUAAGCCCAGACCAACUGGAAGACCUCAUCCGACUGGCCGUGGAAACAGACCAGAGAAAAAACUUGUUUGUAGACCAAUGUUAAUUUUUGGUCUAAUAAACUCAGUUGACGGAAAUCGCUUUAUCGGCGUGAUUACCCGAGAAGACGUAAAUACAGACCAGAAGGAAGACGUUAAUACAAAAGGAACAAAUCCACCGAUACACCAAACACUGAACAAGAUAUACCUUCAAAUAUUCCCUUAUGAAAAAGCCUAUGAGAGACAGAAAACGGCAUAUCCUCCAAAAGAAAACGUAAUAAAAAUUGUUGGGUUCAAUCCAUACGAAUGA